CUUCCAGAAGGCAAAGCCAACAUGGCACUCCCCCCUGUGCUGCGACUUCGGCAACUUGGUCGGGCUGCGAUUCCACGACGUGCCAAGCAUGGACUGACGCAUGUGAACCCAGAAAAUCAGCCGAAUAUGGUGGACGUUACCGAGAAGGCCAUCACAGAAAGGUCAGCUGUGGCUCGCAGUAUUGUUCGGUUCCCUGCAGGAGUCCUUGACUCCCUCCGCCACGACGCAGAGCUCAUGAGCAAGAAGGGUCCUGUGCUCACGACGGCUAUUCUGGCAGGAGUCAUGGGUGCAAAGAAGACGAGCGAUCUCAUUCCGUUUUGCCACCCUUUGGCGCUGAACGACUGCAAAGUGACGUUGCACGUUCAGGACGACGACAGCACAGUCCACAUCCAAUGCGCCGUCAAAUGUACGGGUCGCACGGGCGUUGAAAUGGAAGCGCUGACAGGUGCAUCGAUCGCGGCGCUGUGCGUCUACGACAUGUGCAAGGCGCUGUCUCACGAUUUGAUCAUCGAAGAAACGCGGUUGCUGUCCAAAACGGGUGGGAAAGCCCCCUUUCUCCACCGGGACACUUAGGAUUCUGUGCCAUUAAAUAAUGAGAUUGCAAAUCAUGGACACUACAGCGGCCACAGCGAGAGCACGCCAGCAACGACCACGAGCACGUCUCCUGCGAUGAGGAUGGUGCUUAGAGCUUGAGCCCUCGUUGGUUCGUCUGCGACCAG